UUUGUGUUCAAUUCUCAGUAUGCUUGUAGACUACAAUAGUCAAUUGUCGUUAUUUUCAUUGUAGUACAGUCAUGUUCUAAAGACCUUGCUAAGGAGUGAUUUAUCUCGUUGUAAAUUGAAAUAGUUAUGGACCACGCUGAAGACGAUGAUGGAGUUUUGGAUAAUUGGGACGAUGCAGAGGACAUGGAGGUGCUGGAGCGUCGCAUGGAUAAGAGAGUAGAGAAGCAGCGUAAAGAGGAACAGGCAAAAUCAACAACAACGGCGGCCGAAGCAACGGCUGCGGACAAUAGUAUGUUUACACGCGAUGGCCAGAUCAGACAGCCCAUACAGUUAUCAGAAGAGCGCACACACUACACCCCACAGAUCCGUCUGUUAACACGACCUGAAGGACAACGUCCCGAUGCAGCUACUGCUGCAGCAGCAGCCGCCGAGCAAAACCGUGCGCCCACGAAAACACUAGCGGAACGAGAGCAAGAAUAUGCUUUAGCCAGGGCAAGAAUAAUGGGUGAUUCAGCUAACAACACUACCAACUCUACAUCACCAUCGACAAAGAAAUCAGCGCCUCAUCGGUAACACUGGUAUGUGCAGUGAUGCGCUCCAGAAUUGUGUGUGUUUUUUGUUGAAUAUAUACCUUGCUAGCACUUAGUUUGGGGCAGAGUGCGUUUGAACUCGCGUGUCUUUGUCCUAAGUCAAAUUAAUGGUCUUUCCUAUUGCCCAAUGGUUGUCUUGAAUCUAGGGUGCACAGCUGUCCAAACCCAUAGGCUUUUUCUUUCAUAAUGGUGUGCUUGCGGGUGUGUCUGGUGAUGGCCAUGCUCUCUGCUCCUCUGCUACUACCUCAAUCUCCUGCGUCUUUCUCUGCUCCAGUUCCUGUUCCUGCUCUCUCUCUCUCUCUCUCUCUGACUAAAUGAAUAUACCUUGCUGCUUUUGUUCUGCUAUGGGCUUGUGUCGGGAAUAGGCACUUUUCUUCCAGGUAGCAUCGAUGUGGAAAUUUUUUAAUCACGCAUUUAGGUCGUAGGAGCCAGUGCCUGCGUUGCUUCAUGCUGCCCGCAAAUGUAGUAAUGUGCGUCUUGUCGUAUUGUGCUGCUCGCCUUGUGGUAUCUCUAACACACAUGGGCACACAUGUUCACAAUUUCUUUCUAACUGGCUGCCCUGCGAUUGUAUUUUAAUAAUUUAAAUUGCGCCAUUUGCCAUGCUCGUGUAUAUUUUUUCCCUUUCUCUAUUCCCUCAACUAAUGAAUAUGUCUCAUGUUACUAGUAUUUACAAGAACUUCUUCUCUUCUUGACUGCGCUGAUAUUUAAUAUUGAUUUGCUACUGAAGUCUGCUAAAUAUCACCACACGUACACAUGCA